CAACGCUCGCGCUCAAACGAACACCACCGACGAAUUCGAGAGACGCGUAUGAGCGCGCGAAGAUUCACGAUUGUGGCCAGUUCACACAAGAUCACCAGUAGCGAGUUGAGGGUACUCACAUCACAGAUCAAUCUCAGUCCCCGGCACCCAAGAGUCACGAGUGCAUCCAAUAAGCCGUUCCCGGUAGUCGCAGGCGUGUAGCGAGUUCAUACGAUUGGUCUCUCUCCAAGCAGCCUCUUCGACGAGGCGAAUUGUCGCAACCGGACACCCCGUCAGCAACGAUGGCUCAAUUGUUUGCCAAGGACCCUCGAAAUGCGGGUCUCUUCAUCGGAGGAGAGCGCAUGUCAGGAGCAGAGAUUAGGAACGAGAAUGUCCUGGCUGCACAAAGCAUCGCAAACAUCGUCAAGAGCAGCCUGGGUCCUGUCGGAUUGGACAAAAUGCUGGUAGAUGACAUUGGUGAUGUGACCAUCAGCAAUGACGGUGCCACGAUUCUCUCGCUGCUCGAGGUGGAGCAGCCCGCGGGACGGAUCCUCGUCGAGUUGGCGACUCAGCAGGACAAGGAAGUUGGCGACGGCACAACCUCGGUGGUCAUCAUCGCUGCAGAACUCCUCAGGCGGGCGAACGAGCUGGUCAAGAAUCGCAUUCAUCCCACCACCAUCAUCACUGGGUACAGGUUGGCGAGCCGCGAGGCGACCAAGUAUUUGCAGGAUCAGUUGAGCUUGAAGGUAGAGCAGCUUGGCAAAGAGUCUCUGGUCAAUGUGGCCAAGACAAGUAUGGCUAGCAAGGUCAUUGGCAGCGAUGAUGACUUCUUCGCGCAGCUCGCAGUGGACGCCAUGCUUGCCGUCAAGACCAUCAACCCUCGCGGAGAGGUCAAGUACCCUGUGAAGGCGGUCAAUGUGCUCAAAGCACAUGGCAAGUCCGCGCGCGAGUCACUCUUCGUUAGUGGCUACGCUCUCAACUGCACGGUAGCCUCUCAAGCAAUGAAGACGCGCAUCAAAAACGCUCGCAUCGCUUGCCUGGACAUCAACUUGCACAAGCAGCGCAUGCACAUGGGCGUUCACAUUACCAUCGAUGACCCAGAGCAAUUGGAGAAGAUCAGGGCGAGGGAGAGCGAGAUUGUUUUGGAGCGCGUGCGCAAGAUUCUGGCAGCGGGUGCCAACGUCAUUUUGACGACAAAGGGCAUCGAUGAUCUUUGCCUGAAGGAAUUCGUGGAAGCUGGUGCUAUGGCAGUGAGGAGAUGCAGGAAGGAGGAUCUGCGCCGGAUCGCCAAGGCAACCGGCGGUCAAUUGGUCUCAAGCUUGGCUAAUCUGGAGGGAGAGGAGACAUUCGAGGCUUCGAGCUUGGGACACGCAGAAGAGGUGGCACAAGAGCGCAUCUCGGACGAUGAACUGAUCUUGGUCCGGGGCACCAAGACCGUCAGCAGCUCUUCGAUCAUUCUACGAGGAGGCAACGACUAUCUCUUGGAUGAAAUGGAGAGGUCAUUGCACGACACGCUCUCGGUCGUCAAGCGCACUCUUGAGUCUGGGUCAGUUGUUCCGGGUGGUGGCGCUGUCGAAAGCGCUCUCAGCAUCUAUCUGGAGAACUUUGCUACUACUCUGGGAUCAAGAGAACAGCUGGCUAUCGCCGAAUUCGCGCAAGCGCUUCUGGUCAUUCCGAAGACGCUCGCUGUGAAUGCCGGAAAGGACAGCACUGACUUGGUGGCCAAGCUGCGCGCGUACCACAAUGCUGCGCAGAAUGCAAACGCAGGAGAUCCCAAGAAGGCUCUCAGAUUCUACGGUUUGGACUUGCUGAACGGACAAGUCAGAGACAACGUCAGAGCUGGAGUGCUCGAGCCAACAAUCUCGAAAGUCAGAUCGCUCAAGUCUGCUGUGGAAGCUGCUACCUCGUUGUUGAGAAUCGAUGACUCCUUCAGAAUUCCACCUCCCGAACAGCCCGAGGACCCUCACGGCCACAUGUAAAGCCACUCGAUGCAAUGCUAAGCAAGCUUGUGUGUCUGCGUUUCAG